AUGUCUACUAGUAAUAACCGUGCAUCGCUAUCAAAUAACGAUGAAGACGAAUCGCCAACUAGACUCACCAUCAAAGAAUUGAAGAGCAUUCUCACAGAACACGAUGUUGAAUUGCCUGCUCAAGAUAAGAAAAGAGACUUCUAUGUUGACCUUUAUAACAAACACAUCAAAUCUAAAAAACGUAAAAAUGAUGAAGUAAAUGAUGAAUUAAGUGAUGAUGAAAAUGAACCAGAACAAAAGAAGGUCAAGUCAUCAACAGAAGAAGAACCUGCUGAAUCUUCAACAACAACAACAACAACAACUGAAGAAAUUUCACAACCUACUGUGGAGGAACCAAAAGUUGCAACACCAAUGGCCGAAGUUAAAGCCAAGGUUCAAAGAAAGACCAAAUCAUUUGCUCCAAGCUCUUUGGAAGCUGAAACCCCACAAGUUAAGGUUUCUGAUGUAAGAAGAAGAACAGUCGGAAACAGAGAUUUGCAAUAUAGACAAAGACCAGCCAGAAAUGAGAUCAAUCAAGGAUUAUUGCAAACUCCUGUUAGCAGUAAUAGAGCUCCACCACCAACCCCACUCUCACCAACUGAUUCUACUUUGGUUCAAGAUAUUAGACCUUCUGAAAUCGAUCAAGAACAAAAUACUCUCGGAAAAGUUUUGACUAGCAUUUUGAUGGCAUCUAUUUGGGCUCUCUUCUUCUUCUGUGUUUAUUUAUUCUUGUUCGGACAAAGAGAUCCACAUUUACCAUAUGGUGGAAGAUAUUGUCAAUCCGAAGAUGGUCUUUUGCAACUCAAGCCUCGUGAUAAUUGUUUGCCAUGUCCUGAAAAUGGUUAUUGCUCUGAUGGCAGACUUGUUUUGUGUCAAAAACCAUACGUCAUUAAGAAUGCUGUUUGUGUAGAAGAUAGUAGAAUUACUUUGAAUGCUCUUGAAUUUAUUACUGAACUUCAAAAUGAACUUUCUUCCAAGUCUGGAAAAUUCAUUUGUGGAAGAGCUGAAUCAAAUUCAACAUCUUUGGAAGAUAUUAAGGCUAAAUUGACUGUUAAAUUGGCUGGAAGUGGCGUUGCUGUUGAAGAUGUUCUUGAACAAGUUACUAAACUCGUAAAGAGCUCUCCACAAAACUUCCAAAUGAAUAUUGCUCCAGUUGAAGGAUCUGAUAAGGAAAUGAUCUUCUCACUCAACCCAACUCUUCCAUUCGACUGUAGAAUCCAGAAGGCUACACAAGAAAAUAAGGGUGUGAUUAUCACUAUUUUGACUUUGGCAGUUGCCAUUCUCAUUGCAAACUUUUAUAAGAAUAAGGUUGAAAGAGAACAAAAUGAUGUAGAAGAUCUCUUCCGUAUCUCAAUCACUAGAAUUAGAGAAGAAGAAGAAAUUAUUGUUGAACAAUUAAGAGAUGAACUCAAGGAAAAGUAUGGUCAUGAAAUUGAUGUAGAAAAGUAUUGGUCUCGUGUUGAAGAUUUGCUUGCUUCUGACAGUCGUUUGUCUCAAAUACCAAGCAAUAGUGGAACUGCUUACCAAUGGGCUGUUGCUACUGACGAACAAGAAUAAUUCACUAAAUAUUUAUCACAACCUAGGUUGUUAAACCUCUAGAAUGAUUAAUUUAUGUUGAUUACAGUGAACAUAUAGUUGUUCACUCCAAAUCAUUGUAUAUUUCUAAUAAAUUUCACUU